AUGGCCUUCACAGUCCUCUCAGACAACAACGUCAAGCAGCUCUUCCAGGGCUUCGGCCCAGAAGACGUGGCCCUAAUGUCCGACGUCCUCACCGACGCAUUCCUCUCCUAUUCCGUCGGCCCCGAAGCGCAGUACCAGCCCCACCGCGCCGCCGUCGUCAGGCCCGACGGCACCACCGGCCUCUUCAUGCCGGCCACGAUGGAAGGCGGCAUGUCCGUCAAGAUCGUGGGCCUCCCGCCGCCCAACUCUGCGACUACCGACCUCCGCUGCGUCCUCACGAUCUGCGACGGCACCGGCAAGGCUGCGACGGCAAACAUCGUAGUCUUUGGCGCCGGUAAGCAGGCGCUGUGGCAUCUUCGACUAGCUCUCGUCCUCCGCGGGAAGGACAUCAAGACCAUCACCAUCGCCAUGAGCAAGGCCAGCGGAGUGGGCAACACCGACUCGGUGACCUUCACCGUCACUGAAGCGACACCGGACAGCGCACCAGGCAACGCCGAGCUGCGCUCCGCCGUGGAAGAAAGCGACGUCAUCUUCUGCACCACGCCGUCCACGCAGCGCAUAUUCCCGGCCGAGUGGCUGACCUCGGAGCGCGGCUCGGCCAAGGCGCGGUAUAUCUCGGCCAUCGGAUCGUACAAGCUCAACAUGAAGGAGCUUGAUCCGGAAUUCCUCCGCGCUGUCGUCGACACGCCUCUCGGAGCCUUCACUUCCGCUGGGGGCGGGGCCAAGAAGGACGGCAUCCCCGCUGAGAAGAUUGUCGAGGUGGGUGAGUUUACUGACAAGCUUCGCAAGGCGGAUGAGGGUGAGGCGGGGUUGCUGCGGGAGUGGCUUGAGAAGGGGUUGAUUGUGUACAAGAGUGUCGGUAUUGGUAUCAUGGACUUGUCUCUGGGCAAGGUCAUUCUCGAGUUGGCGGCGAAGCACAAGGUUGGCACGAUAUUGCCAGAGUUCUAA